GCGCCUGCGCAAGAGGGUGCGGCGGCCGCCGCCUGCGCCUGUGCACUAGGGCUCGGCGGCGGCCUGCGCCUGCGCGGCGCUGCGGAGACCGUUGGUUCAUUUACAUGUCCCCGCCUCUCCCGGCGGUGGAGGCUGAGAAGUCUGAGACAGCGGCGGGGGCGACUCCGCGCGCGGUGGGCUCGGGGUCAGAGAAACAUGGCAGCAAGGCGAAUUGCACAGGAGACUUUUGAUGCCGUAUUACAAGAAAAAGCUAACCGGUAUCACGUGGAUCCCAGCGGUGAGGCUGCAGGUGAAGCGCUGCAAUUUAAAGCUCAAGAUCUUCUAAGGACAGUCCCAAGAGUCAGAGCAGAUAUGUAUGACGACAUUCACAGUGACAGUAGAUACACUUUGGGCGGAUCCGUAGCUCACUCUCGAGAUGCUGGGAGAGAAGGCCUGAGAGGUGAUGUGUUUCCGGGGCCUUCUUUCAGAUCAAGCAACCCAUCUGUAAGCGAAGACAACUACUUUCGCAAAGAGUGUGGCCGAGAUCUGGACUUUUCCCACCCUGACUCCCGAGACCAAGUCUUUGGCCACCGGAAAUUGGGACAUUUCCGUUCUCCGGACUGGAAAUUUACACUCCGUGGCUCUUGGGAACAAGACUUUGGCCACCCAGUUUCUCAAGAAUUGUCUUGGUCACAGGAAUAUAAUUUUGGUCCUUCUGCACUACUGGGGGACUUUGGCUCCUCCAGGCUGAUUGAGAAAGAGUGUUUGGAGAAGGAGAGUCGGGAGUAUGACGCGGACCGUCCAGGGGAAGCAGACUCUGUGCUCCGAGGCAACAGCCAAAUCCAGGGCAGAAGCCGAGGUCUAAACAUCGUUGACCAGGAGGGUGCCCUCAUUGGAAAGGGGGAGACUCCGGGCCUGCUCACACCGAAAGGGGAGGUCGGGAAACUUGUCACACUGAGAAGUGUGAGCACAAAAAAAGUACCCACCAUAAAUCGUAUUACUCCCAAAACUCAGGGCGCUAACCAAAUCCAGAAAACCACCCCCAGUUCUGAUGUGACCCUAGGGACAAACCCCGGGAUGGAAGAUAUCCAGUUCCCUACUCAGAAGAUCCCUCUGGGGCUCAAUCUGAAGGACAUUCGCCUCCCCAGGAGAAAGAUGAGCUUCGACAUCAUAGAUAAGUCCGAUGUAUUUUCAAGAUUUGGGAUAGAAAUCAUCAAAUGGGCAGGAUUCCACACCAUAAAAGAUGAUGUUAAAUUUUCCCAGCUUUUCCAGACUCUCUUUGAACUUGAAACUGAAACCUGUGCUAAAAUGCUCGCCUCAUUCAAAUGCUCUUUAAAACCAGAGCACAGAGAUUUUUGCUUUUUUACUAUCAAAUUUUUAAAGCACUCUGCUUUGAAAACACCCCGAGUCGAUAACGAGUUUUUAAACAUGCUUUUAGACAAAGGUGCUGUGAAGACCAAAAAUUGCUUCUUUGAGAUCAUAAAGCCCUUUGACAAGUACAUAAUGAGGCUUCAGGACCGGCUUCUGAAGAGCGUCACACCUCUGCUCAUGGCCUGCAACGCCUACGAGCUGAGUGUCAAAAUGAAAACUCUCAGUAACCCCCUGGACUUGGCUGUUGCCCUGGAAACCACCAAUUCUCUCUGCCGGAAAUCUUUGGCCCUUCUGGGGCAGACCUUCUCCUUGGCCUCUUCUUUCCGUCAAGAAAAAAUUUUAGAAGCCGUCGGCCUCCAAGAUCUAGCUCCCUCUCCCGCUGCGUUCCCUAACUUCGAGGACUCCACGCUGUUUGGGAGAGAGUACAUAGACCACCUGAAGGCCUGGCUGCUCAGCAGCGGCUGUCCACUGCAGGUCAGGAAAGCCGAGCCCGAGCCAACUCCAGAUGAGGAGAAAAUGGUUCCCCCUAUGAAACCUGACGUUCAGGCCGCGGCGUCGAGCGGUCUGAGUGACGCCGUCCCCCAGCGAGCCGAUCACAAGGUGGUGGACACCAUCGACCAGCUGGUCACACGUGUCGUUGAAGGCAGCCUGUCUCCUAAAGAGAGAGCUCUUCUCAAGGAGGACCCUGCUUACUGGUUUCUGUCUGAUGACAGUAGUCUGGAGUAUAAAUAUUACAAGCUGAAACUCGCAGACGUGCAGCGGAUGAGCCAGACCUCGCCAGGAGCGGAUCAGAAGCCGGUGGCGGCAGAGUGUGCAGUGCGGGCCAUGCUGUACGCCCAGGCAGUCCGGAGCCUCAAGAAGAGGCUUCUCCCGGGGCGGCGGCGGGGGCUGCUCCGAGCUCCAGGGCUCCAGGGCUGGAAGGUGAGGAGAGCAACCACCGGGACCCAGACCCUCCUCUCCUCAGGCACCAGACUGAAACACCACAGCCGCCAGGCUCCAGCCUCCUUGCAGGGAAAGCUGCCCCAGCCAGAUGGAAAUGACGCCGCCAAGGGCUACCCACCAGACUCAGCCAGACCUUCUCCUGGGGACCUCAGCCCGGAAGCCGCAGGCCCAUCCCCCAAGCCAGCAGGAGUGGACGAAUCCGAAGCCCCUCAGAGCUCGUCUCCCUGCCCAGCUGUUGAUGUUGACACAAAGACAAUGGAGACUGCAGAGAAACUGGCCAAAUUUGUUGCUCAGGUGGGACCAGAGAUUGAACAGUUCAGCAUAGAAAACAGCGCCGACAACCCUGACCUGUGGUUUCUACAUGACCAAAGUAGCACAGCUUUCAAAUUCUAUCGAAAGAAAGUAUUUGAACUGUGCCCAUCGAUUUGUUUUACAUCGUCUCCGCUGAACCUCCAUGCCGGUGAGAGCGCCCUAGAGCCCGUAGAAGGGGAAGGAGAGUUUGAGGAUGAACCCCCUCAGCAGGAGGCUGAGCUGGAAAGCCUAGAGGUGAUGCCUGAGGAGGAGGACGACGACGAGGAGGAAGAAGAGGAGGAUGAGGAGGGGGGUGAGGAGGCCUCCGCUUCCGGAGGGCCCUCCAGGAGGGCUGGAGGGGCUGCCAAGUCCGAGGGCAGCCCCCCUGCUGAUGGCCUCCCGAGCGAGGCAGCCGAAGACGGCCCCGCUGACGCGCCUGCCCUGUCACAGGCCUCCUUGGGAGCCUGCUUCCCCCGGAAAAGGGUCAGCAGCAAGUCGCUGAAGGUCGGCAUGAUUCCGGCUCCCAAGAGGUUGUGUCUCAUCCAGGAGCCCAAAGUUCACGAACCAGUUCGCAUCGCCUACGACAGGCCCCGGGGUCGUCCCAUGUCCAAAAAGAAGAAACCCAAGGACCUGGACUUCGCCCAGCAGAAGCUGACGGACAAGAACCUGGGGUUCCAGAUGCUGCAGAAGAUGGGCUGGAAGGAGGGCCACGGGCUGGGCUCCUGUGGGAAGGGCAUCCGGGAGCCUGUCGGCAUGGGAAUGGCCUCGGAAGGGGAGGGGCUGGGUGCCGACGGGCCGGAGCAUAAGGAAGACACGUUCGACGUGUUCCGUCAGAGGAUGAUGCAGAUGUACAGACACAAACGGGCCAACAAAUAGGUACGUGCACAAGCUGGCGCCUCGGGCGACCUGCCUAAGCCGGGUUCUGACAGCAGCCACGUUUCCUCCAAAAGUCAGUAUUCCCCAUGCCCCAAAACCAAAAUCAAAGUGCCACCCAAAAAAAAAAGAAUCCGAAAAUUCUGUGAGGGAAGCAAAAGGAGUCUUUGAAUGCAAUGUGUACCCCUCUCGUCUUCCAGGUUUGGCUAAAGGAGCGAGUCCCACGCUCCCUGCGCAGCUGCCUGGGGCCUGCCUGCGGGGCCUGGGUGCGGGCUCCCAGGCCACCCCAGGAGUGGCCUUGCGUCCCAUAAGUGUAAGAGCAACCUGGAAGCUGGCCGCAGAGUACGGUCACUUGGUUUCCCUUUCUGAGGGUCUUCAAAUCCUUUUCCUUCUGAAGGGCCUUGGGCCUACGACUGUCUUCGUCCUUCUCCUCUCUUUUUAGUUGCCCUUCCCACCCGUGAUUUCCAGCUCGGUUUUGAACAAAAUCAUUCUCUCCUUGAAUAGAUGAAAACCAUUGGUGAGAAAGAUAAGCCCUGAAGCAGCAAUUACCCUAAAAACGCCACCUCUGUCCCGGAUCCACCGUGGAGCCAGUUCCCAAGUUGGUUUGGUGUGUACACGAGAAGCAAACGUCUCUGCAGUUUCUGGUGCGGAGGUGCCGCUGGCUUUUCUGUUUCUUAAAGGAAAAAAAAUGCACCAUUUCCAAUCUGCUUUUGCCUUUCCUCCUCUUCCAGAUGCUUUGGGCAGCACGUCCCCUCCAAGUCUUUCCUGGUUCCCCCUCAGAAGGUGGUACUGCCCGGGCAGCACCGGGACAGUAGUGCUUGGGAACUAGCUCCUGUCUGUUUUCCCGUCCAGAGCACGUUGCUCUCUAGAAGUGCUCUGUUAGCAGACUUGAUGCUGAAACGGUUACCGAUCGUGUCUUUUCGUUUCCAGAAGUUAAAUGGGAUGUAAUCUGCGCUCUGGCACCACAGCCUGUGAGUGGGAGCUCUGAAGCUCUUUGAACAAGUGGAAAUACUUGAUUCCACAAACAUGUUAUUUUAUGGAGUCUCAUCUCUUAAGUACAUCCCAAGAGACUUAAUGAAAUCUUAGCAACAGUAUAAUAUCAGUGUAUUCAGUGGGGAGUAGUCACUACACUGAUGAAACUUUCCCCAAAUUUAGAGGUCUCUUCAGAAUCUACACAGAAAGCUACACUUUGGUUUUUCUUUUUAAACCACAUAAUGGAGCCUCCUACAAAGCGGUGGGGGUAAACUCUUCAGGACUCUUCAGUUUUUGCAUGUGUGGCAGUGGAAAGAGUUGCUUUUUUAGGGCUCUUCUACAGAACAGAAAGGAUCUUCUUGGGUGGGCUCUGCAGCUGUAUGCCAUUCAAGGCGUAUGAUUGCCACCCCCUUCCUUCCGGCUUCUCCCAGUGCUUUGCAACUACGUGCGAAAUUCGCAGGCUGUGGGAUUCUCAGCCCUUCCUCCUAAAGCAGCAGUGGUGAAGCUUUAAAUGUGUGGGAAAACCUGGAAAACUUGGUCGUACUGAUAGUACAGCAGUGAGUUACUGUGUCAGCUGCUUUUAUUGGCUGUUAAGAAAACCAUGCUUUCCCAGAGCACAGACCUCCCAGCUCCUCUGGUCUGUCUUGUCUGUCUGUCCUGCCAUUCACUGUAGCAGCUCACCUUCCUGGUGCCUCCUCUUUUCAUGUCUGGUGUAGCCCCCAGCUCUCUGCCUGCUUCUGGUCACUUCUGUAGCUUUGGCAGACCUCUGUGGCCCUGGCAAUGCUGGUGGUCCUUCAGCAGAGGUGAAGCAGCCUGCAGGGGGCUGUGGUUUGGGGAACCACAGCUGUGGAAGUUCAUCUUCUCCUCUCUUGCCUAAUCCUUCCAUCAGCCUUCCAUUUGGCCGUGCUUGGGCCACAGGAUGCCACUCUGAGAACAGGACCUUGGUCCCCAGGGCCUUUCAGAGUGCCUGCUGGCGAGCCAUGCACAUUUUCUCUUUCUCUGGAGCGUAGCCCUGACUGUCGUCUUUGCCCUGACCGUUGUAUUCACUCUGUCCUCGUGCGUUCCUUCUUGGCUUUCUCUGCUUUCAUUCACAAGCAAAAUGCUUUAGGAAUUCCCAGGGACUCCCUAUUCCCGCAGCCUCCUGCCACUCCUCCUCCUGGGGACAUCCCACUUUGAGCUGACACGGUGAGCUUUUGGCAGACGUUAAAGGAAACAGCUACUUCUUGAGCCUGGAAAGUCCUCUGGGCACUCAGGUGGCGCUUCUCCUGGGGAGACAGCAUUGAGGCGUUGGGACACCGGGGCGAAGCACGGUGGUGCGCCCUGCGCCCGCUGCCGGCCGGGGACCAGUGGUGCCAGCCUCUGCGCCACCUGGCUCUCUCUGCAGGGAGCGUGCGAGCGCGCGUGUGGGAGUGUGGCCUCGUCAAAGUCACAGCGUCUUUUCUAUCAUUCUAGUUCCAGGGUCUCUCCCGUGAGGACGACAGGCAUCCGGAAAGUGCUAACUCGCCACUUUGGGUGCUUACUGUCUGGCUUGUUUCCAUCACUGGAAAUCAGAUAGAGAAUUUUAGUGUUUUCGGUCCUUGGUAAAACCUAGAAGACAUUGUGAUGUUACAAAAUGGAAGUUUUGGGUUUUGUUUUUUUUUGUUGUUUUUUUUUUUGUUUUUUAAUCUAAGAAGUUGUGAAUGUUGUUAAUCAUUUAGCAGUUGCAAUAAAUGUAGAGGA